AUUGCUUUAUUUUCUAACUCACUCAUUAGUCAUUACAUACAAAAUACAUAAUAAAGAAUAAAAUUUUCCAUAAAUCAGAAGUAGAAAGAAUCUCAUACGCAAAAUAAUAAAAUUAAAGAAAAUUGAUACGUCACACACAAUCCACAACGUUAAUUCGCUUCCUCUCUUCUAUAAAACCCUCUUCGUCACUCAUCUUCCUCCUCACACCAAAACAUUUUCUUAAAAAAAAAAAACACAAAACUCAAAACCAUCUUUUUUGUUUUCUUCUCUCUCUUUGUGGAAAAAAAAAAUAUGGAAGGAAGACAAUAUUACCCUCCGAGAGAAAACGUCGACGGAAACAGAACCGCCAUGGGAGGACCUCACUCGCCGUGGCAUUCACCGGUUCCUUAUCUCUUUGGUGGUUUAGCGGCGAUGCUUGGUCUCAUAGCUUUUGCUCUUCUAAUCCUCGCUUGCUCGUACUGGCGUCUCUCCGGUUAUCUAGACGGCGAGGAAAACCAGAGCAGAGAGAGAGAUCUUGAAGCCGGAGACGUCAAAACUGAAAAAGCAGCGGUGAAGCCUGUUGCUUUGCCGGAGAAGUUCUUGGUGAUUAUGGCCGGAAAUAUCAAACCUACUUACUUAGCAACGCCGGCGGUAAAAACGUGUACUUGUGACGAUGAUGACGAUGGAGAUGAUGAUGACGUGGAGGGUAAUGAUCAGGUGGUGCGGCGGAGUAGUGAAAGUAACGGUGAGACACAUUGACAAAAACAGAGGAAAGGAAGAGAAAAACAGAGGAUCGUCUAUUUGUGAACAGUUUUGAAGAAUUGUUUGCAGCUUCUGACCCGGUUGCGUCGGGUAUCCGGGUCGGGUCAGAACUCUACUUGAUGUUGAGACUUAAUAAUCCUACGGUGGUGGAAAAUUUGGAAUUGGGAUUGGAUUAUUUGGAGGUGCUUUGAUCAAUGAUGUAUUUAAAAUCUCAGCUUUUGCCUUCUGAAUCAUUUAAUUCGUUAGGCUUUUUUUUUUUAGUUGUAAGUUAUGUUCCAUAUCUAGGUCAUGAUGAGGGAAAAAAAUGUAAAUUUCUGAGACUUUGAAUGGGAAAUUUGUGAUUUAUGGAAUUGAGAAUGAAAAACAAAUAACUAUCUUAGAAGA